AUGGAGAAUGUGCUUGAUCUCCAACUCAAACUGGGUAAGAGACCACUUAAACCAGAGGGCGAUUUCAAUUUCUUGGAUGCUCCCCAACUAAUCAAACCCAUACCAGUUAAGAAACCCCAUCUUUCUCUCCUCGGUGGUGCAAACCAAUGCAAAGGAAAACAACCCAUGAUAGGGGAAUCUAGCUCUUCUGCUUCUCAUUCUAUCAGUAGACCCAUGGAGACCCUUGCUGAAACGAAUAAAAACACAGUGGAGCUGGAGCCAGUCUUUUACAACGUACCUGGUUUGGAGAGAAUUAAUGAUCGACCAGUGGACAUGAACCGAAACAACCUCCUCCAUUUACAAGAGAACGAACCUCCUGGUAUAUCCACAGCACUUACGUUGCAUGAGGAUCGCUACGUCAUAAGGAAGAAGCUAAAAGUAAGUGACGUCAACGGACUCUCUCGAUUGCUUCUGGGGACAAACCUAGUUCAGAGGUUCAUUCUACCAUUCUUGGGAGCAGGGGAAGUAGAAAGGGCGGAGAACGGAGAAGGUACACGAGUGGUGAUAAAGGAUGUGGAGACGAAUACGAACCAUGAACUGACCUUCAAGAAAUGGUCUACCAGCAAUAGCUACGUUCUCGUCGACAACUGGAAUGCUCAGUUUGUGAAGAGAAGGGAUUUGCAGGCACGAGACGAGAUUGGGAUGUAUUGGGAUCCUUACUACGACUGCUUUCUUUUUGCUGUCAUCAAAAGAGCCCCUCAUGGCGGAUAG